AUGCAAAAAGUCGCAGUCAUAACGAUGGGCUGCCACAGAUCGACUGUCAUCAUCCUCAGUGUCAUAUACUUUGGAAGUUAUGUCCUCGCCUUUGAAACGAACUCGCGGCAGAAGCGAUGCAUCGUGGUGCAGAAGCAGUCUGGCACCCACGGUGACAGCAGCGAGGGUGGUGGUGACGAGGAAGGGGCGCCUGAGCCUCGCGACUCCAGGUCCGAUAGACGUGUUCUGGAUCCGUUAGCGAAUGUUAGGGACGUGGAGGAACUACCGCCGAAUUUAUUGAAAUAUAGAAUUUCGCCGGCAAAGAGAUACUCCAGCGACUGGCACCAUUACAUGAAUCGAAUCUACAAAAAUCACAUA